GCAAGCAAACAGACAGAAUGGCUACCGAUUUUACUCAGGAUUCGGUGUUGCACUUUCUCCAAUUCAAGGGUGGGAGAGUGAAGAACUCUGAACUGUUGGCGCACUUCAACACUUUCCUACGCGACCACGAGAACCAGACGCACAACCGGCAACUGUUUAAAACGUUUGUGAACUCUGUGGCUGUGGUGAAACCAGAAGAGGGAGUAUCAUACGUUGUGCUAAGGAAGAAAUGUCUGGGGCAGGUUGCUGGAGACAUCGCCUCCGCAUACCAUUCACCCAGGCCUCCCGCUAGACAACAACCGGAGCCACAGGCGAGACGGAGAGAAAGAGUCCAGUCAUCGAGAACUCCGGUAAACCGAAACCAGCAGAGAGGUCAGAAGGGACUGAUUGAGACCCACUUUCAUGAAUUACACGUUCCACCAGGCGACACCAACCAACUCACCGACAAGGUAUUAGCCUCGGCUGGAAUUGUCGACAACAACAAUGUGGAAACAACUAUCAAUUACGAAAAGCCUAUCCAAUGCUCCUCGCCACAUGUGCCAGACCAUGCGCCACCUCCUAUAUACAACAGAGAUGCACCAUUCCUCCCAUCGUACAAUGCAUCAAUAUCAAAGGGGUCAGAAGAUGGGAGUGGUCAGAGCUUUGAAGCAGAAUGGGAACUGAAUCACAAAGGUAUUUACGUCAGCGGUUCCAAACUUGGCCAGCAGUCAAAAGAACCAAAGAGGAAGAGGUCCUAUCCGCCCCCUGAGUUCCUAUACACAGAGGUGAAACCUCCAGCGCCUCACCUAACACAGGUGCCACAGAAUACAGUGCAGCCACAGAGGAAAACUUCUGAAGCUGACCACAGAAGAGCAGCUACAGGAUGGCCACUGCUCACCACUCUAGAGCAUGCCAGCUCCUCUCCUUGUUUAUCUGAUGGUUACAGUCCUUCUGCUGCUCCACACGCUCCCCUGACCCCUGACCCCCAGGUGACGCGGAGUAAUGGCAACUUGGAUGGCAGUUACCACCUCCACCAUAGGAUCCCACAGCAGCCCAGACCAAAACAAGAUGGACUCCCAGCAGCUCCACUGCACGCUACACCUGCCUCUCAGCUGACGCAGAGCAAUGUCAGCCUACCUAUACCACAGAAGGAUGGAGUCCCAGCAGCUCCACUGCACGCUACACCUGCCUCUCAGCUGACGCAGAGCAAUGGCAGCCUACCUAUACCACAGAAGGAUGGAGUCCCAGCCCCUGUUCCUGACAUCCAGUAUCCGGAAGAAGGAAGAGCUGCUGUUACCCAGUCCGGAGCCCAGACCCUGCCUUUCCCAUGCAGCCUAUCCCUGGACUCUGCCUACCAGUACCACACUCCUGCUGGGUCUACGGGUGGGUCUGGGUACCCUGAGCACCACCACCACCAGGGCAGCUCUGACUUCUCCUUCAGCCACAGCCACAGCAGUCUCUCCCUAGCCCAGUCACUGGACUCCAGGGAUGAGUGGCCCCAGCGCUCCCCUAGAGAGGAGUGGGCCAGCAAUGAAACCCUCAGCUACCAGGGCCUGAACUACCCAGGUGAGCAGCAGAGGGUCAAAGUGCACGAGGUGCUCUGCCGUGCUCAGGAGGCCAAUCUGCUCUCUCAGAUGCACCGCGCCGAGAGGAGAGCGCCCUGGCCUCACCAUCACUCCACCGGUUACCUUGACGAUGAGGCGAACAGAGCGUUGUCAUGGCACCACUCCACAGGUCAUCUCCAUGAUGACAAUGGGUCCAAGUCCAUUGAGUCCAUCUCUCUUCCUGGUUCAGACCCCGAGCACCUCCUCCGAGCCCCUGUUCGGCGAAUCAGCAGCCGGUUCCGCAGCCGUAUGUGUCGCAGCCUCGGCGCCGACCUGGACCAACUGUUCCCGGAGGACAGCGUCUCGGCACGGCACCACCGCCUCCACCUCCUCUCCUCCAACCUCAGCAUCAGCCACUCCUUCUCCACCCCCACCUCUCGUACACCCAGCUACAGAGACCUGAGGCGGGAGAUGCACUCCGGGGCCUCCAGUAACAAGAGCCUGAACGGAGCCUCUAACUCUGGCGGCCAUGACAGCUCCUACUUCCACCGCCACGAUCUGGUCCCCCUGGAGGAGAAGGAACAUGACUGGCUGGUGAAGGGCGCCACUGGGACCUGGACCGACAUCUACACCCUGUUCAGAGAUGAACCCAGCCUCCUCACCAAGAGAGACUUCAUCACUGGUUAUACCAUCCUGCACUGGAUCGCUAAACAUGGAGACCACCGGGUCCUCAACACACUCUGGUACGGAGUCAACAAAGCCGGGUUGAAACUGGACGUGGAUGUGAAGACUACCUGUGGCUACACGCCUCUUCACCUGGCCUCCAUCCACGGGAACAAGAAGAUGAUCCGACUGCUUGUUUAUAAGUUCAGGGCUAACGUGGCCCUCAGGGAUACCAGUGGGAAGAAGGCCUGGCAGUACCUGGGCCAGACCGGCCCCAAGGACCUGUUACAGAUGCUAGGGGGCCCUCACUGCUGGACUUCCACGGGGGGUAGCGCCACACCCCAGUCCUCAGGGGAGAGACCCACAAGGCACGCUGCAACCUCGGCCACGGUAAAGAAGUCCACGUCCAUCACUGGGUUCCUCAAGCAUAAAACCCUGGUGAAGUUCCCAGGAUCUCAGUCUCCUGACUCCUUUGUGUGAGAACAGCGUGAACGUUCGGGUGAGUCUGCCUGCUCUGAGGAUGUGGCUACUGACAAGAUCUACCACACAGCUCAAGGCUCUUACUUUAAGUAAGCCGUUUGGGGUAUUUACCACUUUGAUUUGCCACUUAAAAACUUUCUUGGUUAUUUCAAAUGUUUUUCCAUUUAUUUAAAAAAAUAAAAAUAAAUGUAAGACCAAAUAAAUAAGAGGGUGGGGAUUAUAUUAUUGAGCUGUCUAAAUGAACGUAUUGUGAUUUGGAUUAUGACGUGGCAUCAACUAUCACUUGUGAAAUCCUAUCAUGACACAAAGCAAUAGAAUCAGUCAUGUAAGUUGGAGUUCCUAAAGGGAUUGUAUUAAACUAUGAUACCUCGGUAUAAUUGCUUUGCUAUUUUGUUUAUUGUGGUGAGUAGCUUUUGUUUAUUUGCUGCUGGGGAAAUGGCUUCCAUUCUAGUGUGCUCCUUUUCAAUGACCAAAGAAUACUCUUUUUUAUUUUAUACCUUUUCUCUAACAAAAGUGUACUGUGUGUCAGUUGUUAGCGCUAAAGUGGGUUCAGAUUUCAAGUGAUGUGACCUGACUCUGGAAUGUGGUAGUGAGAGGACUUUUUUUUUUUGUUCUUCCUUUGUUCAAAGGCCUUUCAAAGUAGCACUGUGUAUUGCAUCAUCUGACUGCACUAAAAUGUCAGGAAUCCUUCCCUUCAGUUGCACCAGGUUGCUUAUCUUGUACAAUGUUGGAGGUUCACUCAGUAUAGAUUGCUUGUCUUUAUUCACUUUUGAUUGACACGACAAGGCUUAGACAGUACUCACAUGAACUGUUUUCUCCAUGUGCACUUAAAUCAUGUUUUUAUGAUACCUCAUGUCCUGAGGUGCUUCAACAAUCCAGACUGGUAUUUGAUGUAGCUCUGAAGCCAUUUCCAUGAAGGGAUAUUUUGAUGAGGCCCGUUAUCUACUUCCCCAGAGUCAGGAGACGGCUCUGUGUCCAGUAUUAAGGAAGUUAGAGGUAGUUUUGCGAGCCAAUGCUAACUAGCGUUAACGCAAUGCCUGAAAGUCUAUGGUAUCUGCUAGCACGCUAGUAGAAGUAUCCCUUUAAACACUCUUAUUUAUUUAUUUAUUUAGUCUCCAACACUACUGUUGUUGAUCAAAAUGAAAUGUUAACCUGUGUUAAACUUUAACUUGCAGAGAGAGGGCUAACAAAGGCUAAUUUACAAAUGGAAACCUAUUCCCUAUAUAGUGCACUACUUUUGACCAGGGCCCAUAUAGGGAAUAGGGUGCCAUUUGGGGGACACACCUAAUACUCAAAACUUACAUGUACUGUACAUUUGUUUUGCUCUUAAUGGAAAAAACUAAACAAAAUUAUAUUGUCACUGGGUGUUAAUGGGAGGCUGCAGUGAUAUCAAGCAGUGUAUUGCAUAACCUGUUUGACAUUGUCUACAGCUUUACUUUUCUAUGAAUAAAAAGCAUAUCAUUGUAUAUUAACUGCUAUAGUUGUUAGCAUUUCUUCAAAGAUUAUUGUCAACACAUAGCUGUUUGUGUCACCUCUGCUGUUUACUGUUGUAGCAUGGGCUCUCCAGUGGCUCAGCGGUCUA